AGGAAAUAGAGAAAAAUGGAAAAUGAUAAGGGAGGUAGUGUAGCAAUAGAGGUAGAACAGAUGAGUUGAGCGAGCUUCUGAGUUCUUCUCCCUCUCCGGACGACGUUUGAACUUCUGCAAAACGGCACCGUUAUGUCUUUAAUUCAAGCCAAUCUUCUACCCAACUUGUCCUUCAACCAUUUUCAGACAUCAACGUACUUGGUGGGUGUUGGCAAUUUACCAUGUAGAGUUGGUUUCAGAAAAUCAAGAAAGAAGUUACCUUCAUAUAGUUGCAUAAGAUGUGAAAAGAAUGAUGAAAUAAAGAAAGAUGAAGAAAAUAAAGAUGAAGUUAUUGAUUAUGUGACAGUUGAACGUCCACCUUAUUAUAGUUACAUGGACUCCACCUCUGGUCAGCUUGAGCCGGCCUCGGGUGCUAGAGCAAGUAUUCCUGAAGUUGAGUAUUGGCCUGAAGGAACUGUUGAGCAAGUCAGGGCUGCUAGGGCGCCUACUCCGAUGGGAGAAUCGUUAGGUUCUCCGUCAUAUGGUAGUAACCCUGGUAGUAGGAGGAAGAGUUAUAGAACUUCGGUUUCUGGUUCUUCCUCUGAGGGUAACGUUGAGGGGAAUGUUGAAUUGGAUGACCCUGGUCUUCCUGAGGUUUUGGUUGAACCUCAAGAAGAUUCUGAGGAGUUCACGUCCGACUAUGUUGUUUAUCAGUCUGAGCCUGAGGAAGAAGAGACUGAGUACAAACUUGAUAAGAAAUUUGGAGCUCCUCAUCCAUUUAUUGAUCCGAAAAUUAAAAAGCCGAUAGAAGGAACACUUACGAGUGAGGAACUGUGGUGGAAUUGGAGAAAGCCGGAGAAAGAACAAUGGUCCAGAUGGCAAAGGAGGAGACCUGACACUGAAACGGUUUUCCUGAAAGCCAUGGCAGAAACUGGGCAAGUAAAGCUUUAUGGUGAAGAACCAACAUUAACAGAAACUGCUCUUUACCGAGCCAGGCGCCAUCUUUAUAAGGAAGAAAGGCUUGAGGCUGAGCAAGAGAAACUGGAAAGGAUUGGUCCAAUUGCGUACUAUUCCGAAUGGGUAAAGGCAUGGAAGAGAGACACAUCUCAUGAAGCUAUUCAGAAGCAUUUCGAAGAGACUGGUGAAGAUGAAACUACUCAACUAAUUGAAAUGUUUUCCAACCAAACUGACCGAGAGUAUCGUGUAAUGAUGGGGACUGAUGUUCGCAUCCGAAGGGAUCCUUUAGCAAUGAGAAUGAGGGAGGAUCAGAUAAAGCAAAUAUGGGGUGGAGAUCCAGUUUAUCCAACCGUGAACUAUAUUCAAGAUCCAGAUGAAGUGAUUGACUACCGAGGGGCAGAUUUUCAUGAACCAACACCAAAUAUGCUGCCUUUUCUGAAGGAGCAUGGAAAAAUCAUUUCAAGGGAGGAGCUAGAAAAAAUUCUGGAAAAGCAAAAGACUGAACAAGUUGAGAUGACAGACAUCGAUGAAGCUAUGGCUAAAGCAGUCGAUAUUGGUGAAAAUGAUGAUGAAGAGGAUAGUGAUGUUGAUGUUGAAGAGGUAGUAGGAGAGGGAGAGGAAGAGGAAGAGGUAGAGGCAGAGGGCGAUGAAGAGGAAGACGAAUCAAAGAUUGAUCGUAAUUGGAGUGUUUUGAAAACUACUCCCCAGCUUCGCAAAUCAAAGCCAAAACCAAAGAAAGAGGGUCCUAUGACACUGGAUGAGGCUGUAGGUGAUUCUGAGAACCUCACUGAUUUCCUCUUGGAUUUUGAAGAAGAAUGACAAACCUCCUCGUGAAGCGUAUGUUCCAUGAAAAGUGGUAUACUUCAGCAGUAGGCAUGGCCGUUAUGUUGUAGACUAGACAGGAUGGAAAAAGGUUUAGAGUGUAAGUAUUCAUUGUCAUUUUCUUGAACUAUUAGUAUUAGUAACUUCUUUUUUAAGCAUUUUGAGCUAGAGUUAAGUUCCCACUUGAGCUAUUCCUCUGAAACAAUCCCUUAUGUACUUGUUGACAACAAUUUUGAUACCUCUCUGCCUUCAUUUGGAACUUAGAAAAUCAAUUAACUAGGUGAAUAAUAGUUUCAAUAUCCUAAAUAUAUUGGUCCAUAUUGUAAUUUUGGUGCAAACUAGAGUGUAGUGUAUUAAAACAGCAUUCCUCAAGUAGUUUGUAUUCUUAUUUAUUGCAAUUUGAGUACUUCAUGUACUUGUAAGUUGUAAACUCUCUUGGUUGUGCAAGUGAAUGAACUCUUUACUUGGAAAAUCUUAA